CUAAGUUAUCCAUAUCGGUCAAACUUCUGUCAAUUAUGGCUAACUGGCAUGUUCCACAAAAAGGUAUAGAUUUUUUUGCACAAAUGCUUAAAAAUGUAUGCCCAUUUAAAAAAUGCUUUCCCGAGAAUUGUUACCAAGCAACGCAGCUGGUGUCUAAGUUAGGGCUGAAGGUUGAGAAGAUCGAUUGCUGUAAGAAAGGUUGUAUGUUAUAUUACAAGGAUGAUAGUAAGUUAUCUGAGUGCAAAUUCUGUUCUGCUCCUAGGUUCUUUCCUCGUAGGAUUGGUAUGGGAAAGUACAAAGAUGUCCCAGCGAAGAGAAUGUUUUAUUUCCCUAUCAUUCCUAGAUUACAAAGAUUGUAUGCAUCAACCGGGUCUGCAUCUGAAAUGAGAUGGCAUAAGGAAAAUAAAAACAAUUCAAACCUUCUUCGCCAUCCGUCUGAUGGAAAAGCAUGGAAACACUUUGAUGAAGUAUAUCCUGAAUUUGCUAGGGAACCAAGAAAUGUAAGGUUAGGUUUGUGUUCAGAUGGAUUUACUCCUUACAUUCAAGCGUCUGCUGGUCCGUAUUCAUGUUGGCCGAUAGUAGUUACCCCUUACAAUCUUCCCCCUGAAAUGUGCAUGACAAAACCAUACUUGUUUUUGGCUUGUCUCGUACCUGGACCUAACAACCCCAAAGAAAAGUUGGACGUCUACUUGCAACCAUUGAUUGAUGAUUUACAACAAUUGUGGUCCAACGGAAUUUUGACCUAUGACAUAUCCACUAAACAAAACUUCAUAAUGAAAGCGUGCUUAAUGUGGACAAUUAAUGAUUUUCCGGCCUAUGGUAUGUUAUCUGGAUGGGGAACACAAGGUAGGUUGGCAUGCCCUCAUUGCAUGGGAGACACAAAAGCUUUCUACUUGAAAAAUAGUGGCAAGAAUACUUGGUUUGGUUGUAAUCGUCGUUUCUUGGCACCUGAUCACCCUUUCAGAAAAAGUAAAAGAAGUUUUACAAAAAAUGAAGAUGAGAAAAAAGGUCCACCUCACAUUUCCACAGGGCAAGAGAUAUGGGAGGUAGUAAGUAUCUUUCCAAAAGUGACCGAAGUUGGUUGGGAGAAAAAGCUGAAAGAGUUGAAUGAUUCUAACAAAGAUUAUAAGUAUGGAGUUCAUCAUAAUUGGAGAAAACAGAGUAUUUUUUGGGACCUUCCAUAUUGGAAGGACAACUUGUUAAGGCACAACCUCGAUGUGAUGCACAUAGAGAAAAAUUUCUUCGAUAAUAUAUUUUACACUGUCAUGAAUAUUACGGGCAAAACAAAGGAUAAUGAAAAGGCGAGAAAAGACAUGGCUGAAUGCUGCUUUCGCGGGGACUUGGAGAUGCAGGCUUUAUCUAAUGGAAAGAUGGGUAAACCAAAGGCAGGUUACACUUUGACCAAAUCUGAUGCCAAGCUUGUUUGUAAAUGGCUUAAGGAAUUGAGAAUGCCAGAUGGCUACGCUUCAAACCUUGCAAGGUGUGCCGAUGUCGAAAAGGGUGUAGUGCAUGGGAUGAAGAGCCACGACGGUCAUGUUUUCAUGGAGUGUUUACUCCCAAUUGCAUUUCGUUCCUUACCAGAUUUGGUUUGGAAAGCAUUAACGGAGAUAAGUCAAUUCUUCAAGGAUCUUUGUUCCAAUACAUUGACGAUGGACGACUUGGUUAAGCUGGAUCAGAACAUUGCAAUUAUCCUAUGCAAGUUAGAAAGGUUUUUCCCACCAGGUUUCUUUGACUCAAUGGAGCAUCUUCCAAUCCAUCUUGCCUAUGAAGCAAUGCUAGGUGGUCCUGUGCAUUACCGGUGGAUGUAUCCAUUUGAAAGAUUUAUGGGAGUCUCAAAGCGGGCAGUGACAAAUAAGACUCGUACCUGCCUAUCAUGUUUCAAAAGCCAUUCGAUAUGCCAUUCGAGAACAGUUUUAUAAACCUAUCCAUUCUUGGAGUCAACUCGUCCC